GGGCUGGCAGCAGGAGCCCCGGCCCAGGCACACCCAGCGGAGGGGUCUGGGCCGCGGGCUCCCGGCCGGCGUGUCUGGGAAGGGCCGGAGCCGCUCCAUGGUGGUUCCUGGGAGCGUCCCUCCCGGCAGGGCAGCCGGGCUGAGCUUGGUCCCACGGACAUGCACCGUGGCCUGUGGAGAUUGUGGUUUUGGCUCUUAAAAAUGUCUGAAGUUUUUUUACUCAGGUAAUUUUAACUUAAAAUGAACCGAAGCAAAUGUCAGGAAAUAACAUGCCUUAAAUCUGACUGGGACGAAGAGGAUGUCUUGGUGGGGGGGUGGGGGGCUCAGUCCUAAGCAGAUGAGCCUGGGGGAAGGGUCGGCUUCAGCUGCGGAGCUGGGCCGGCCUCCGGACGCUGACCCCCACCCCCCGCCGCCCCCUCGGUCAACCCCUAGCUGGGGGGCAUCCAGGGCUGCGGCCCCCGGGCCUGAGUGUCCCCCUCCCCGGGCACGGAGGACCACACCUGCUUCUCGCGCUGCACCCUCAGUGGGCAGAGGGUGCGUGUCCCCCAGAGCCCAGCCGCUGGCACUCGUGCUGGCAGAUGCCCGCCACCAUUCUGCGGUCCCGCACGGGGCACGCAGCCCGGGCAUCUCCUGUGUGUGUCGUCGCCGCUCCUGGUCACGCGUCUGUGACGCAUCUGUGUGGCCCGCCCGGGGCCCGGGGUCCUGCUCCAUUGUGUUUGUUGACUCAGUGUCUCACAAAAUCAGGUGAAACCCGCGGCUGUGAGCCGGGCUGGACCGUGCUCUUCCUGUCACGAAGCAUGGCCGCCUGCCCCAUGCUGGGUCUCGCUGCUCUCCUCUGCCUCUCUGCGCCCCAGGCCAACUCCGUGGUGCAGUAUCGACAGCCGGUGCACGUGGUGCUUCUGGAACCCCAAGGGAGGGACUGCUCUCACAUCUGGGCGGAGAGACCCCGCGCCCCGAGCGGUGUGUACACCGUCCAGCCAGAAGGAGCCAGCACCCCCUUCAAGGUUCUCUGUGACAUGCGCCCGGACGGUGGCUGGACAGUGAUUCAGAGCCGAGACCAGGGCCGGGGGACGCCUCUGGACUUCGAGAGGUGCUGGCAGGAGUACAAACAGGGCUUCGGAGACCUGAGAGGUGACCACUGGCUGGGGCUGGAACACAUCUCUAGCCUGACCUCCCAGCCGGGCCUGCGCUCCGAGCUGAGCGUGGAUCUCCUGGACGCGGACAACCAUACGCUGCAGGCCCACUACGAUGACUUCCGCGUGGGCAGGGAGGAACGGUUUUACCCGCUGACCCUCGGCCAGUACUCAGGGAAUGCAGGGGAUGCGUUCCGGGGCUUGGGCCACACGGACAGCCAGGAGGGCUGUGGCUUCAGCACGCUGGACCGUGACCAUGACCGCUGCUCGCCUUGCGUGGACGGCGCCCAGACCUUCACCAGCUGCAGCCACGAUCGCUCGGGCGCUGGAUGGUGGUACAGCGACUGCGGCCGUGCUGACCUCAACGGGCUGUGGCCGGAGCAGGCAGGGGCCGCCUCGGGCAUGCGCUGGGCUGCUGGUGACCACCAGCCCACCCUGCGCGCCAGCGUGCUGCGCGUGCACACCACUGCUUCCGGCAAGGUCUAGGCCUCCCGCCAGUCGGUGGCCGAGCCUCAUUAAAUGUUCAAGCCUGGC